AUGUCGUCGGAGGUUGAUGUGCUGCUGCAGGAGGCCAAGGAGAACAUCGAGGCGGCGCAGAACUUUCGCAGCGAGCUGCAGCAGAGACUCAACGGUCUCAACCAGGCGCGUAAACAGGUGCGAGGCAGCUCCGGCCAGGCUCGCGAGGCCCUCCGCAAGCACUUUGGUGAACUGCAGGCAGCCGCCACCCGGUUCCUUUCAGAGCGCCUGAACGCCCUUCUCACAGAAGUGGACGUCAUCGAGGCUGACAGCGUGAGGCCUCUGGACGACUGUCAGAGUCUGGUGGAGUUCAGCAUGGGUCAGGCCGACGAGCUCCUCAGAGAAGGUGAAGCGGCGCUGCGGUGCGGUCUCGGUGAGAAAGAAGACAAACUGGGAAGCUUCACCAAGAAGGCAAUGCACAUCCACUUGGACAGCCUGCCGGAGGUCCCGGCACUGGCGGAUGUCCCAUGCGUAUCGGCCCAAUUGGACGACUCGCUGGCGGUUCUGCUUCGUGAUCGCGUGUGCUGUCAUGGCUCGGUAGCGUCGCACCCGCCCGUGCUGAUUGAGGAGCUGCAGGAGCGACCCGGCAGCAUCCUGGUGCGCUGGGGAAAGGUGGACGAAGACUUUGUGGCCGCCGAUUACCGCCUGCAGUACAGGCGCUCGGGCGGCAGCGGGGGACAGUAUGAGGACGCCUACGUGGGACGCGACACCGACUUCCUGGCGCUGGGCCUGGAGCCCAACAUUGACUAUGUCUUCAGGGUGUGCGCCCGUGGUGAGGGCCGCACCGAGUGGAGCCCCUGGAGCGUAGCGCAGACCGCCUACACCACCAUGGAGCCGCACGAGUGGCGGGGGGGAAUGGAGGGUUACGUUGUGAGCAGCCGACGCAACAUCGCCCUGCGGAACGACUCGUCGCCGUCUGGCUGCCCCGUCCUCUACUCCAGCUCUCCGUCCUACUUCUGCGGCCUCACGCUUAACUUCAAGAUUACGGCCAGCGGGCAGCCAGAUCGCCGGGACAGUCUGGGAAUUUGCGUGGAUGCGGAAAAUGGACAGCGUUCACUGCAACGAGAUCAGGCUGUCUGCAUCUCUACCAACGGGGCCGUGUAUGUGAAUGGCAAGGAAAUGACCAAUCAGCUCCCACCGAUCACGGUGGGUUCGGCAGUAACAUUUGACGCAGAGGUGGUGGGCACCCUGCCGGUUCACACUGAUAACCGGGUGGGCCGCAACGGCGACGCUGGCGGCCUGAAGCUGCGCGUCACCAUCGGCUCGGGCAGUCGUGAGGUGGUUUUCGAUUGGUUGCUGGAAACUGCGCCAGACGGCCUCUUCUUCGGAUGCGCCUUCGCUCACGCUGGCUGGAAAGUGCUCGUCUUUUGA